UCAAACAAAGCGCAAGCUGGGGCUCAGGCAGAGCUCCGAGAGUCCAGCUUGGAUCCGAGUGUGAGCUCCAGUGGUGGGUGCAGAGGGGCAAGGCGCCGGGGAGGCAAGACCAUGCGGCUGCCGCUAGUUCUUCUCCUUCUCAGGCUCCCAGGCUGCUUCUCCAUCGAAGGCCCAGAGUCUGUGAGGGGCCUAGAGAGGGAAUCUGUAACCGUGCGGUGUGACUAUGAACCAGGAUGGGAGACCUACAGGAAGUGGUGGUGUCGUGGAGCAUACUGGGAUUUGUGCAGGAUUCUCGUUCAAACCACAGGAUCCCAGCAAGAAGUGAAGGAAGACCGUGUGUCCAUCAGGGACAACCAGAGUCACCGCUUCCUUACAGUGACUAUGGAGAAAGUCAGGCAAGAUGACACAGACACUUAUUGGUGUGGGAUCAGAAAGAGUGGACCUGACCUCGGGGCACGUAUCAGAGUGACCAUUGAGCCAGAGGGAACGCUCCUGACCACCUUGGCGAGCAUGCUAUCCAGGACGACUGCCAAUGGCCGUGCUGGGGUGUCGUCCGUCUCCCACAGCAGGACCCACUACAUCCUCCUGGUGUUCGUGAAGGUGCCCAUCUUGCUCAUACUAGUCGGUGUUCUCCUUUGGUUGAAGGGCCUCAGUAACAACAGUCUAACUACAUGAACUUGUCCUUGAUCUUCUCACCAAAGACACAGCCGCUCAGACAGAAGGAUGAGCAGAACCUUCCGACCCCUGGGCCCCAUUUCCAGAGGAGACAUGGGCUGUGGAAGAAAUACUUCUGAGUCCUUAGGACGCGGUGACUGGGCACUAAGGGGCUGGCCAGGCACCCUCCCUGCUCUGUACAGCUCAAGGUCACAGCUCGGGGCCCUCCUGAGGAGUCAGGGGGUGCUGGAGAGCCAGUGUCUGUUCCACUCCUUCGGGUAGCAAAUGCCCCCACCCCACGGGGGCUUAUGGUCAGAGCUGCUGGGAUGAAGCCUAAGCCCUGUCCUCUCUGCUGGAGAGAGCCGGGACAGAGCCAGAGACUGAAGCACAGAGAGAAGAAACAGGGGUGUGGGACAGAGACUGAGAGAUGGAGCCCGGCCCAGGUGCUGCUCUGCUUCCUUCCUGAGAUCAGCUCAGCACACCUUGUGUGUUUUUCUUAAGAAAACAAGGGUGUUUUCUUAAGCCAGCCACGUUGGGUUUGGAUGACUUGUGCCCACAAGAACCCUAACUGAUGCACGUGCACAUGCACACACACACUCACACCCCAAAAAGGUGGUGGGUUCCUGGUUCUGGGGCAUCCCCUCUGCCCCGGGGGGACACUCUGAGUGCACCGAGCAGAAGAGGGACCAGGAGUCUCUCUGGGCCCAGCUCCAGUGCUGACCUUCCGCCCUCCCCCACUCCUCCUCUGUCCCGGCUCCCCGAGCUCCCUGCCCCUCACCCCUCUGGGCCUGGGGCUUCCUGGGUGCUGCCUCUGUUCCUCGGGGCUGCUAGGCCUCAGAAACUACCUCAAGGUUGGGAAUGGCAGUCAGGAAAACUGUCUGGGGGAAACAACGUUGCCUCUCCUAAAUGACAAUGUUUAAAUAAUCUUAAUAAUUACUUUCUUUAAAUAAUCUUAAUGAUUAAAAACGUCUGAAAUAGGGCACCUGCCUGGCUCAGUCAGUGGAGUGUGAAACU